GAUCAUUUCCUGUUUAAAGUACAGACAGGGCAAAGAGCGAGAGGAGCCUCCUCUCUCAAAUGAAUACAAAGAGAUGUUAGACAACUACGCUAUUUGGAAAUUUAAGUCCUAGGUGCAUCCACCGGAACAUCUACAGACGUCCCUUCCUGGUUUUAUUUGAAAAGUACAUUUUUUAGAGACAUUGCUGCGUUAAGCAACAAACCGCACGAGCCCAAUGAGUAGAGCAGCAUUUCCAUCCCCGACGGUAGAGAUGGCGGAGAUAAACCGCAUCCAGUAUGAGCUGGAGUACACCGAGGGGAUAAGCCAGAAGAUGCGCAUCCCUCAGAAGCUGAAAGUGGCUCCUCAAGCGCACGACGAGCUCAGUGUUGGUUUACAGGAAGUGCCCCCCAGCGUCAUAAUGCAAGUGCCAGAGAGGAUCGUGAUUUCAGGAGAUGCUACUGACCCCCAGUUCUCUAGACCCAGAGACUUGGACCUCAUCCAGUCAACACCCCUUGAAACUCUGGCACUGAAAACUCCACCCAGAGUCCUGACCCUCACUGAGGGACCCCUGCACUUUUUGGAAGAGGAGCAUCCAAUAGCUCCAGGCACCGAUGAGGUGGUGCGACCCCAGGGACGUUUACGGCGGGAGCGUUCCGCCAGCGAGAAUGCAGCUGUCCGUCAACUGACCCAUAAUGACUCAGCUGCAACAUCACACCCCCCGACCACUAAGCAGUCACGCCCUUCCCUCAACGUGGCUGAAGAUCGCAACGUGUACAGCGCUAGCGGUGUUCUAUCUUUCAUCCAGUCCACUACACGUCGGGCCUACCAGCAGGUCCUGGAGGUCAUGGAUGAGAACCCACGCAGCAAACCAUCACUGCGAGGGGGGUCAGCUUUGGGCUCCAACCCCAUGGCUGAUUCCAGGCUUGCAUUGUCGACAUAUGAGAGCUCUCUGGAAGGGCCUGCUGAUGACAUAACAGUAGUCGAUGCAACAACACUUCGACGGCAGCUCAUCAAGUUGAACCGGAGACUCCAACACUUGGAAGAGGAGAACAAGGAGAGAGCCAAGCGAGAAAUGAUUAUGUACUCGAUCAGUGUUGCUUUCUGGCUCAUUAACACUUGGGUGUGGUUGCGGCGUUAGAACUGGUCUGUAUUUCUGCCUCUGGGGUAGACACCACUCCUUAUUCAGUGUAUCAGAUAUUAGUUUCUCGCUCCACUCAGUCCUUGUGUUAAAACAUCUUGGGGUUUAUGAGGCCUAACCUGCACAGGGUUGGUAUUUUGCGUUUGUUUAUUUAAAACAUGUACAGUUUUAUUUUUCUACACGCAUCUCAUCUUGUCCAUGUUCUUGUUUCGCUUUUAUUCCGAUCUUUCUCGCCCAUUGCUGAUUGAUUUGUAAAUAUUUGUUCAUGGUACCUAGAGCUGUGGGAAGAUUCACGAAACAGUAUUGCAUUGGUCAUGAAACCAGAAGACCCAACUUACAGCGUGGAGAUGUUUUGUUGUAUGGUAACAUGUUAAAUAUUUAUUGCAGGGAGAAAAUUGUGCGACAUCCCCUAGGAACUGUAAUGCAAAUAAUUAAAGUUAUACCUGU